AUGGCUCAACCAACCACCUCGACGUUAUCGGGCGGAACACGAACCGAGAACCUGGCCAGCUGGGCCGCUAACCUCAAAUUCUCCGAUCUCCCAGAAGAUGUUAUCCAGAAAACUAAAGAUUUCUUCGUGGAUUGGCUGGGGUGUACAAUCGCAGGCCGCCAUCAUCCGGCCGUCUCGGCCAUUGCAAGAUUCGCGUCGCAGAUGGGCCCUUCUAGUGGGAAGAGCGAGUUAGUCAAUGGCGCUUUGAAUUUCACAACGAGUCCGGCUUUCGCUAGUUUAGUGAACGGUGCAUCAUCUCAUGUCGUGGAGCAGGAUGAUCUUCAUAACCGGAGCAUUAUGCAUCCUGCAACCGUUAUAUAUCCAGCUGCCCUUGCUGUAGCACAAGAUGUAGGUGCCACCGGCGAAGAAUUUAUCGCAGCUUGUGUUGUUGGCUACGAAGUGGGCUGCCGAGUAGGGGAAUUCCUAGGCAAGAGUCACUAUGAGCGCUUCCAUUCUACCGCAACUGGAGGAGUCAUUGGAGUGGCAGCUGCCACGGCGCAUCUUUUAAAACUUGACGCCGCCCAGACCUUGUCUGCCAUUGGAACGGCCGGCACUCAAGCCGCAGGUCUUUGGCAAUUCUUAAUGGACGCGACACACUCAAAGCAAGUGCACACUGGAAAAGCCUGCUUUGACGGAAUUUUCGCAGCAUACACCGCUCGUGAUGGGCUUCUCGGCACUAAAGAUAUCCUAGAGGGACCAAGAGCAAUGGGAGUUGCACUGGUUCCGGGUACGACGAAUCCCGAGGCGAUUGAUCAAAAUCUUGGUACCGACUACGAAGUCCUUCGAUCCAGCUUUAAAUGGCACGCAUCUUGUCGGCAUACCCAUCCUAGUGCCGAUGCACUGUUGAAACUUAUGGAUAAGAAUGGAGUCGCUUUUGACGAUAUUGAAUCUGUGACCUCUCGCACUUACCAAGCUGCUAUCAAUGUACUUGGCAUGACUGGAAGGGGAGAAACGGUACACCAAAGCAAAUUCUCAAUGGGAUUUGUUCUCGCCGUCGUCGCCAAAAAGGGCCAGGCUAUGAUCACCGACUUUACGGAAGAUGAUUUGGAAGAUUCUUCGCUACGGGAGUUCCAGCAGCGUGUGAGGAUGGAGCUAGACCCUGAAAUUGACCAGGCGUUCCCUGAAAAGUGGCAGGGAACUGUUAUCGUGACGACCAAGUCUGGAGAGUCUUUCACCGAGUCUGUUGAGUUUGCGAAGGGAGAUCCCGAACUUCCCUUGACAAGGGACGAGAUUGAGAGAAAGGCGCGUACUCUUGCUGCUUACGGUGGAUUUACCGACACUAGCAAGGUCAACCAGCUGAUUGAGAGAGCAUGGAAUCUUGAGAAGGAGAAGAACGUGAAUGGCUUUGUUUUCUAG